AUGGCGUUCCAUAGAAACUCAAUCAACAUCAACCUGAGAAAUCGACACACUCUCAGCUGUCGCUGUGAGCGCCCAAACGGAUCAUGGAGUUACUCUCAGCUCGACUUGAAUAUCUGUCUGGGAAAUAACAAUGGCGAGUUUAUUUGGGGAGGAGAUAGCUUCGCACAUAGUGCGACGGAGAUUCGUCUUUCCCUCGAGGGCCCUGAGAGAGCUCCGUGGCUGCAUGCUGAGUUGAAUGAUCAUGAUGGGACUCAUCAGUGUGCAUCGGGGUGUUGA